UUAACAACCAUCAUGUGAGAGUGUCUGCCAAUAUGUGGCCACACAUCUCCAUUUUAAACCUGGUCCCAGGCGGGUACCACAAAUGGGAGAAAACAGGGCUUUUGAUCGAAGUAGGCUGGAUGGAGACUCAGAACUGGGACCUGGUGUUUAUCAGACAAUGCUAUUGUUCUCACCUCUUUACCAAGGCAGAUGGGAUGUCACCAUCAUAAUAAAACGAAGUAUUCAACAAAUGGUAGUUGUUAAGUGUCAGGGCACUGUAGCUGGCGCUUUUCAGACAGCACUUCAUAAUCCUUAUGGCAAUCUGCAGACACGUUUUAAGGUCUAUGAAGGUUUAGACAUCAUCACCAACAAGGUUUCUGCCCAAGAACAGAGGAUCUGCCAGCAUCACAUGAUCAGCUUUGUGGAUCCUCUUGUGACCAAUUACACAGUGGUAGACUUCAGGAACAAAGCAACGUCUCUGAUUGAAGAUAUAUUUUCCCGAGACAAAAUUCCUAUUGUCGUGGGAGGAACCAAUUAUUAUAUUGAGUCUCUGCUCUGGAAAGUUCUCGUUAGUACCAAGCCCCAGGAGAUGGGCAGUGAGAACACAACUGACCGGAAAGUAGAGCUUGAAAAGGAGGAUGGCCAUGAACUCCACAGGCGCCUAAGCCAGGUUGACCCAGAAAUGGCUGCCAAGCUGCACCCACAUGACAAGCGCAAAGUGGCCAGGAGCUUGCAAGUGUUUGAAGAAACCGGAAUAUCUCACAGUGAAUUUCUUCAUCGUCAACAUGCAGAAGAAGGUGGUGGUCCCCUUGGAGGCCCACUGAAGUUUCCUAACCCUUGCAUCCUCUGGCUUCAUGCUGACCAGACAGUUCUAGAUGAGCGCUUGGAUAAGAGGGUGGACGACAUGCUUGCUGCUGGACUGUUGGAGGAACUAAGAGAUUUUCACAGACGCUAUAAUCAGAAGAAUGUUUCAGAAGAUAGCCAGGACUAUCAACAUGGUAUCUUCCAGUCAAUUGGCUUCAAGGAGUUUCACGAGUACCUGAUCACUGAGGGAAAAUGCACACCAGAGACUAGUAACCAGCUUCUAAAGAAAGGUAUUGAGGCUCUGAAACAAGUAACUAAGAGAUAUGCUCGGAAGCAAAACCGAUGGAUUAAAAACCGCUUUUUGAGCAGACCUGGUCCUAGUGUCCCACCAGUGUAUGGCUUAGAGGUAUCUGACGUCUCCAAGUGGGAAGAGUCUGUUCUGGAACCUGCUCUUGAAAUAGUGCAAAGUUUCAUCCAGGGCCACAAGCCUGCAGCCACUCCAAUAAAGAUGCCCUACGAUGAAAAUGAGAACAAGAGGAGCUAUCAUAUGUGUGACUGCUGUGAUCGCAUUAUCAUUGGGGACCGCGAAUGGGCAGCUCAUAUAAAAUCCAAAUCCCACUUGCAUCAACUGAAGAAAAAAAGAAGGUUGGAAUCAAAUGCUGUCAACACCAGAGAAAGUCAGAGUAUCUCCCCUGAUUGUGACAGAGAACUUAAAGAGAAGGGGUGCCCAGGGCAGAAUGAUGCAGAGCUGAUAUGCAGCACAUAAGAGACAUAUUCAGUAACCUUGGUAAAGGUGGUGGAGACCCCAUUCAGGAGGGCGGGGCCUUCUCUCCUAUUCUGGGCUGAGGAGUGCUAUGCACAAAGCCCCCGCCAUUUUAUUUCAUUUAGUGUUGUGGCUGUGAACUGUUCUCUGAAAUGGGAGUGGCAGACCUCGUGAGCUCCUUGUGUGGCUGAUGUGUCUGGCAGUGACGUAUUUCCAGAGGGAUUUUUUUUUUCCUUUGAACCUUAUAGGUUUAAAGAAAGGCACAGAUUGUACAUUUUUAUACUUGUGAAUCUCUUAAAUAGUGAAUACCAGCAUUCACUAUAUCCCUUAAAAGAAGUUUUUUUGUUCCGGACGCCAGCUAAAAAUAUCUCAUGUCCAGAUGCUUUUGUAGAUGACUGAAGUAUUGUGAGCUGCAAAUCAGGAGGUCUGGAUCUGAGUGAAUUGCAGGAAAGAACCAGCCCCUGUGAAGUGAUCAAGUGAACACAGAUAGUUCUUGGAAUUCCUGAGAGCAAGGAUCAGAUCAAGGUGUGGGACAUGGAACUUGAAAUCUAAAGACUUUGAAAUGUGUUGAGCUGCUCCUUUGUGGUAAGACACUAUCACUGGUGUCUCUCUAUUGAGUUAUAAAUCCAUAUUCUUGCUGAAAGUUAAAUAAAGAAAAAGUCUGCAGGA